UACAACAGUCAUUAGAGCGCGAGAGGCCAAUAUUACGACUUCGUGUAUGUUAAUCUUAUUAAAAUUAAAAUGGACAAAUUUGUCAUUAGAAAAUCAAACACAAAGGAGUCAGAGUUACAACAGAGUUCACAAAAUAAUAUCAGUAAUGUUAUAUCAAUAUCUUCAUUUUCAAAAAAAAGUAAUCAACCCAUUCUUCCUUUAAUUGAAACAAAAAAUCAACCAUCAAGUAGUUUUAUUUUUCCAAAACACAAAAACCGAUCAUUUUGUGCAAAGUGGUUUGAAACGUUUACCUGGCUUCAUUAUGAUACAUCUAAAGAUCGUGCAUUUUGUUUUGAUUGUAUUUCAUUCUAUCACAAGACAAAUAAUAAAUUAAAUAAACACACCGAGUUAUCUUUUAUAGUAGAUGGUUUUAAAAAUUGGAAAAAAGCAUCUGAAAAAUUGCGUUCCCAUGAAAACAGUAAAAUGCAUGUUAACUCUAUACAUUAUCUUUUAAGUAUCAAUUCUAAUUUACCAGUCAUUUCUUUGUUGUCUAAACAAAAAAUCGAAGAACAAAAAAAUGCAUCUACUGCUUUAUUAACAAUAAUAAGUACUUUGCGAUACCUUAGUCAGAUGGGAUUAAGUAUCAGAGGACAUUCUAAUAAUGAUGGCAAUUUUAUUUCUUUAUUAGAAGAAAGAUCUCUAGAUGUUCCUUGUUUAAGAAAUUGGAUACAACAAAAAAACAACUGGCUUAGUUCAGAUAUUCAAAAUGAAAUAUUAGAAAUAAUGUCAUUAAAUGUACAGCGUGAACUUGUGAAAUCGAUUAAAACAUCAGAGUAUUUCUCUAUAAUUGCUGAUUCAACUACUGAUAUUUCUUCUGCAGAACAAUUUUCCUUGUGUAUUCGUUAUGUCGAUUCAAAUUUUGAAGUUCAUGAAUUAUUUACUGGUUUAUAUAAUACACCUGAUAGUAAAGCGUUAACAUUUUUUGACACGAUUAAAGAUAUUUUAAUAAGAUUUACUUUAUCUACAUCAAAUUUAAGAGGUCAUUGUUUUGAUGGAGCUGCUAAUAUGUCGGGCAAAUUGAAUGGGGUCAAAAAAUUAAUUGAAGAUGUUCAACCCAAAAGUUGUUUUGUACACUGUAGUAAUCAUUCAUUGGAUUUAGCAUUACAAGAAGUUGCAAGAAAAAAUAUUUCCAUGUGUGAUAUUUUUACUAUGGUCAGAGAUGUGUCAAAUGCUAUUCUUGAAUCUGCUAAGAGAAAAAGUAUUUAUGAAAAUAUAGUAUUAGAGCCAUGUUAUCAUUCGUCUAAAUUGGAUAGUAUAAAACAAAACCUACUUCCAUUUUGUCCAACUAGAUGGUCUGUAAGGGUUAAAAGUUUAAUAAGAUUUUUAGAUAAUUAUAGUAGAGUUCAAAAAAACAUUGGAUGA